AUGCCAGGGACAAAAUGGUUUCAACAUGUGAUUGAGACACCAGAACCUGGCAAGUGGGAGUUGUCUGGGUAUGAGGCAGCCCUGCCAACAGAGAAGUCAAACCCACCGACCCAGGAUCUGGACAAAGCAGAUGCUGAACAAAUUGUUCAGCUGCUGGGGCAAUGUGAUGCUGAGAUCUUCCAGGAGGAGGGACAAGUCAUACACACCUACCAGAGACUCUACAGUGAGUCAACUCUGACCACCAUGGUACAAGUGGCUGGAAAAGUUCAGGAAGUGUUGAAAGUACCAAUGGGGCUGGUGGGGCUGAGUGGAGGGGGCACCUCUGGAAGGAUGGCAUUCUUCAUGUCGGUCUCCUUUAACCAGCUGAUGAAAGGUCUAGGACAGAGACCUCUUUACACCCUCCUCAUUGCCGGAGGUGACAGGUCUAUGGUGGCCUCUAGGGAGGGGACAGAAGAUAGUGCCCUGGAUGGGAUUGAGAAAUUGAAGAAGGUGGCUGCUGGGAAGAAGCUGGUGACCAUCAUUGGCAUUUCGGUGAGACUCUAUGCUCCCUUUGUGGCAGGCCAGAUAGAUGACUGCAUGGAUAACCCAGCUGUCUUUUUGCCAGUCCCGAUUGGCUUCAACCCAGUGAGCAUGGCCAGAAGUGACCCCAUUGAAGGUUGGAGUUCAACAUUCCAACAAAUAGCAGAGCGGAUGCAGAAGGUGCAAGAGUAACAGGUAGCUUUUAUGCUCAGUCCUGCGAAUGGGCCUGAGGGUCUCAAUGGCUCCUCCCAGAUGAAAGGUGGAAGCGCCACAAAGAUCCUGCUGAAAACCCUGUUAAUGGCAGCUCACAAGACUGUGGACCGCGGCAUCACAGCAUCUCAGAGAUGUCUUUUGGAAAUCCUGCGGACAUUUGAAUGAGCUUAUUAGGUUACCUAUAGUCAAAGCCCCAAGAUCGCUACCCUGAUGAAGCAAGCCAGCACCAGCCUGGAGAAAAAAGGCCAAGUGUACCUGGUUGGCUGGCAGACCCUGGGCAUCAUUGCCAUCAUGGAUGUAAUCGAGUGCAUCCACACCUUUGGUGCUGGUGGAACCCCAGUCUAGACUUUCUUCAUGAUUCCUUCUGAUCCAACCAAUUGGUCUGCUAUCCAAA